CUUGUCUCAAAUAAAAUACAAUACUACUUCUACACUAAUUAGGGUUUUGAAUUUGCAUCAAAAGGGGAAGAACUGGUUAUCAUCGUGUUGUUGUUGCAAUCAAAUCAAAUCAAAUCAAAUCAAACGAUGUCGAUCUUCGAGUACAACGGAAGUGCCCUAGUGGCUAUGGUGGGCAAGAACUGCUUCGCCAUUGCCAGCGAUCGAAGGCUCGGUGUGCAGCUCCAGACCAUAGCCACCGAUUUUCAGAGGAUUUCCAAGAUUCACGACAAACUCUUCAUCGGUCUCUCUGGUCUCGCCACCGAUGCUCAGACACUGUAUCAGCGUCUCGUUUUUCGCCACAAACUGUAUCAGCUUCGUGAAGAGAGGGAUAUGAAGCCCGAGACCUUUGCCAGCUUGGUCUCUUCGAUUCUCUACGAGAAACGGUUCGGUCCAUACUUUUGCCAGCCUGUAAUUGCUGGAUUAGGGGAUGAAGACAAGCCAUUCAUUUGCACAAUGGAUUGUAUUGGUGCAAAGGAGCUUGCGAAAGAUUUUGUUGUUGCUGGCAGUGCAUCUGAGUCUUUGUAUGGUGCUUGUGAGGCGAUGUUUAAGCCUGACAUGGAACCUGAGGAGUUGUUUGAGACCAUCUCCCAAGCACUGCUAUCAUCCGUAGAUCGCGACUGUUUAAGUGGCUGGGGAGGUCAUGUCUACGUCGUCACACCAACAGAAGUAAAGGAAAGGAUAUUGAAGGGAAGGAUGGAUUAAAUUCAUCGGUCAACCACUUCAAAUCACUUUGUUUUCUGUUUAAUUUAGAGCUGAAUUCCCACCUUCUGUUGUUAAUGAACUUACCUGAAAAUUAUUUACAAAAGGGUUCAAUUGUUCUGUAUUUAGAUUAUCAGAUAAAGUAGAUUCUGGAGUGGGGCAUGUUGUGAACUAAACUGAGUGUGAUCUAUUGGAAUGUUUUAAAUGGAGACUACAUUCAAGACAAAAAAAAAAAAUGAUAAUGGCGGAAUCUAAUUCUCUAUUUUCCACCUUCA